AUGGAGACGCAGGUUGACGCCGACGGCCGGGUCUGGUACGCGGCGUUCAGCAUUGAAGAGGUGCAGCGGCGACCGCGGCGCAUGGUCAUCGACGAACAACCAGUCGCUGUCUGGAUCUGCAAAAACACACCAUUCGCAGUGGACGCCAACUGCUACCACGCAGGCGGUGCACUCGAGCAAGCUGUGGAUAUUGAGGAGGUUUCUGGCCAAGCGUGCAUUCGUUGUCCUCUUCACCGAUAUGUUAUUUCUAUAGAAACCGGAGAGUCCUUCUACCAGCCUGUGGAAUUCGUCAAGUGCCCGCGCACGGGGAAGAUGCUGCCGGUGCCUCUGCCCUGGAAGUCGAAAGGAGUGAAACAGAGGCCGCACAUGGCGAAAGUGGAAGGCCAGCGUGUAUGGAUUUCCCUAGUGGCCCGCACACAGCCGAUCGCGUCUGACAAAUACGCGGUGGCGACUCUGAAUCGAGAGUGA